GCCAUCCCAAAGUACUUGUCAGUUUCUGUUGUAGGACAACCCUCACACUCGUUUCUAGAUCCGUAUUCCCACCGCAGCCAUGCGCGCAACAGGGACAGCCAUCGCAGCUUUGCUCUUCGGAGCCGCUGAGGCCCUCCACCAUUUCGCGCCUCGCUCUCUCAACGACACCACCGGCCCCAGCGACCCGGCGCCGAAGCGGUACAUCGUCGAGUACAAAUCCCGUGCCCACGGUUCUCUCGUCGCCGCCAAAGUCGCUGCCGGAUUUUCGGGUCUCCGCGUCGUGAAGCAAUUUGACUCGGACAUCUUCCCCGCCGUCACCGUCGAGUGCGAUGGAGGAUGCAGCGCUGAAUCUGUGAGAAGUGCUCUUGACGACGGCGACGAGCCUGUUGUGGCGACGGUCUACAAGUCGCAGGUCAUGCAGAUUCUUCCGACUGUUGAGGGCGAGUCAUACAGCGAUGAUGCGGCGGCGCUGAAUUACUCUGUCCAUGGUCUUACCGGAGUUGAGAAGCUUCAUGAGGAUGGAGUGUUGGGUGAGGGCGCUAUUGUUGCCAUUGUCGACAGUGGUGUUCAGUACACUCAUCCUGCAUUGGGUGGAGGCAUUGGGCCUAACUUUACUGUUGCUGGAGGCUAUGAUCUUGUUGGUGAUGCUUGGCCUGAUGCGCCAGCCCAACCGGAUGACGACCCUAUGGACAGAUAUGGCCAUGGAACUCACGUUGCCGGCAUCAUUGCCGGCAAGAGUGAACAAUUUGUCGGCGUGGCCCCUAGCGCCAAGUUGUUGUCUUUCAAGGUAUUCGGCAGCAGUGGUUACUCUAACGAGGAGACGGUUAUUGAAGGCUUCCUGAAGGCAUAUGACUCUGGUGCCGAUAUCAUCAGUGCCAGCGUUGGCGAAACCAGUGGUUUUACCACGAACGCACUUGCAGUUGUCGCGUCUAGAAUCGUCGACAACGGUGUCGUCGUGGUCUUUGCUGCAGGUAAUUCCGGACAAGAUGGUCCCUUCGACAUGGCAAACGGAGCAUCCGGCGAACACGUAUUGACCGUCGCAUCUUCCGAUCCUGGCGUAUUUCCCGCCCAGGCCUUCUCGGCAAACUUCAACUUGGGCGGCAAAUCCAACAAGACCGAGAUCGCAUACAUCCCUGGAUCGGGCUUCUUCCCAGACACCAUUGUCGACUGGCCCGUCAAACCCGUAACCCUCAACUCCUCUUUUGCCAAUGACGCGUGCCAGCCUCUCCCGGCGAACACAACCUCUCUCAACAAUACCGUAGUCCUCGUUAGAACUGGUGGCUGCACCAACACCGUCAAGCACACCAACGUAGCCGCCUUCGGCGCCCGCUACGUCCUCUUCUACAACGAUGCCGGCCCAUACAAAAGCGCCGAAAGCUCCAACCUCACUGGCCUCACUGGAGCCAUCGAAGCAAAUGCCGGCGAAGCCAUCAUUGCCACCAUCCUCGACGGAGGCAACGUCACUGCUUCAUUCGACAUCUCCACGGCCCACUAUGUCGGUCUCCGCAACGCUGGAGGCGGACAGCCCUCCUUGUUUUCCUCAUGGGGCAGCACCUACGACCUCGCCCUCAAGCCCGACGUCGCCGGCCCUGGCACAAAGAUCCUCAGUACCUACCCGACGAACGAGUACCGCGUGCUGAGUGGCACGAGUAUGGCGACGCCUUACAUCAGCGGUGUCGCCGCUCUCUGGGUAGGCAAGUUCGGAGGUCGGGCCGCGCACAAAGAUGAUCCGGAGUGGGCGCGCCGUCUAAUUGCGCGAAUCACGUCGACUGCUGGUGCUGUACCGUGGGCUGACUGGGCGACUACCGCGACCGACUACGGCUUCUGGGCCCCGACAACCCAAGUGGGUGGCGGGUUCGUUGAUGCGCAAAAGGUUCUUGCGUAUACUACCGAACUGAGCUUCGACGGCCGCAAAUUUGAGCUCAAUGAUACUGCGCACUUCAAGGGCACACACACGGUGGAGAUUACGAACCGCGGCACAGAGACAGUUACGUACAAGUUCUCGCUUCAGGAUGCUGGUGGAUAUACCGCGUAUACCCCCUCUGUCCCUGGACAGACUCAAUUUGCUGUUCCUGGCAUCCCUCUUUACGCGGAUCUCGACCCCUUCAAGCUGACUCCCGAGGUUGCCCUGCCCCAGGAGGUUACCAUCGCGGCUGGCGAGACUAAGGCAACAGAGUUCACUUUCAGCCUUCCCGAGGGAGCGGACGCCACGAAGUUGCCAGUGUACAGCGGCAAGGUCCUGGUUAGCGGCAGCAAUGGCGAAGAACUCGGGAUUCCUUACUUCGGUGUUGCUUGCGACUUGAAAGAGACUAUUGAAAACGUUUGGGACUACGGAUGGAAUAACCCUUACCUCACGUCUGGCGUAAACGGCAUCAAGCUCGACCAGAAGUCCAACUUCACUUUCAACCUCAGCCGAGAGGCGCAAGACUUCCCGAAACUGUUCACCCAAUUUGUAUGGGGAACCAAGGAGUUCCGCUGGGAUAUUUUCUCGGGCAAUUACAGCGAGACGCAAUGGUCAUAUCCUCCUGUCGCAGGUCAGAAGGGGUUCGUCGGCUCGGCAACCGCCUGGAACGGAACUGCCACCUCGGCUUGGUUCAUCCCAGGUGAAGAUAAUGAGGACGAUAUCUUCUCCCUUCCGCUCUACUCGCAACCUCGUGCAAGAGGAGGUAUCUACUACUGGCUCGGAAGGUUUGCCGAUGGAUCUCACAUCCAAUCCGGAUCAUACAAAUUUCGCAUUGCUGCUUUGCGGCCUUUUGGCGUUCCAGAAGUUUCAGAGGACUGGGAUAUUUGGCAGACGCCUGCCAUUACUGUGCUGCCCCUUGAGGCCUGAUGCUUCUCUGACGGGCCUACACGGUUCAGGUCUUACUCAAACUGUGGUAGCAUGUGUAUCCGAACUUUGGGCAUCACUGCAGAUACAACUCUGUCAUUAAAUUCAAUUUCCCUUCUUUCAAUUUUGAAAUAUUUUCUCUUCAACUUCGCUACCAACGCUUCACUCAACGCAAUCAACGCAAAUCUGGCCUUCCAGUUGAUUGAUUGCCAAAAUGCCCUCGAGCAGUUAAUUAAUUUGAUUAAUUACCUUUUUACUCGUCAGUUAAUUAAAUUGGUUAUUAAAAUAAAGCUAUUCGUACUACCCUAUCUAGUUAUUAAGUAAACUAGCCUCCUCUAUUCU